AUGUUUAUGGGCCCACCACAAGACACCACCCUUAAUAUAUAUUAUAAACUGGAAUUAUAAUAGACACUAUAGAUAUAUGCAUUCUAUAACCAUUUCACAAAAUGACCUUACUCCUAUGAUAUAAAUUGAACCUACAACAAAAACACCUCGAAGAACCUUAUUCUAUUCAUCUGAUAUAAAGAAAGGUGUGCUUAUAUGGAAUAUGGUAUAGAUAAAGAGCAAUCCAUAAACCAAUACAUAUAUUCUUCCUUUUAAACUUAUAUGGGCAGAGUACAAGGAGGAUUCUAUGUCCUGGUCGGUUGACUUGCAGACUCACAAAUGUCAUAUCUUUCUUGAGCCAAGGCCCCUCUCCCCUCGAGUAUGAGUGCCCACCUAAUUCUUUAUACCCUGUCAUGAUGCUAUGGCACCUUUUUAAAAGUCUCCAAAUGGGCCAAAUUUCAACUCAUAAGUGUGAUAGAUUAGUUCAUAUUGUGGAAAUUUGUUUGCUUCGCUUAAUUUAUAAAACUAAGAAAACUUCAUUGCCAAGCAACAUAGGUUUUGCAACUUGUGCUCUUUGAAAUACUCAACGGCUUUACCAAAAAAGGUUAUAUUUAUUUUCUCACCAGAGGAAUCCAAAUAAGGCAUUGGAUUAUUCGAUGAAGUUGGAAUUGGCACGACUCUGUAAUGCAAUUCUGGCCCAUUAUUUGUUAUCUUUAUCCAUUCAUGAGUGGCACGCCUAAACUCAGAGUCAAAGGUACAAACUUUGAUGGAUCCAGCCACAAUGCCCAGUUGAUUCAAGUAUACAGUUUAGAACUGAAUCUUUCAGUGACAAAGUAGUUUAUGGACACCAUGUCCUUCAAUAUGCAUGUUCCUCGUGGGCAGACCUGUGAAUUGAAGGUGACAGUAACCAUUUUAGCAUUGCUCUUCAUAAAAGUCUUGUCAGCUCCUCAAAGUGAUGUGGUGGAUAGUCUUCCAGGACAACCACCUGUGCCCUUCAAACAAUAUGCAGGAUAUGUCACAGUAGACCAAAGAAGUGACAGGGCUCUGUUCUAUUACUUUGUUGAAGCAGAGACUGAACCAGAUUUGAAGCCUUUGGUUCUUUGGCUCAAUGGAGGGCCAGGUUGUUCAUCACUUAUUGGGGCAUUUUCUGAAAAUGGCCCAUUUCAACCAAACGAAAACAAAUUGAUCAGAAAUGGCUAUAGUUGGAACAAAGAAGCAAAUGUUCUGUAUUUGGAGAGUCCUGCAGCAGUUGGAUUUUCUUAUUCUAGUGAUCCAACUUACUAUGUGGGUGUGAAUGACACUCUAACAGCCAAUGAUAACCUGCGAUUUCUUCUGGGAUGGUUCAAAAAGUUUCCAGAGUUCAAAACCAGAGAGCUUUAUUUGACAGGGGAAAGCUAUGCAGGGCACUAUAUUCCUCAGUUGGCAGAUCUUAUUGUCAGGACCAACAGAAAACAGAAGGUCUUCAAUUUGAAGGGUGUAGCUAUAGGCAACCCAUUACUGGAUUUCUAUACAGAUUUUAAUGCAAGAGCGGAAUACUACUGGUCACACGGUCUCAUAUCUGACCCCACAUACAAAAUGAUGAUUAAAGACUGCAACGACGCUCGCUAUAUGGAUGAAUAUUUUAGAGGCAGCAUUUCUAACACCUGUCAGCAGAUCCACGCAAUCGUCGACAUGGAAGUCAGUCGAUACGUCGACGUCUACGAUGUGACUCUCAACAAAUGUUUCUCCUCCCUCCUCAUGCAGCCUAAUUUGCUCAGAGCUCAGAAGAAGCCAGACGUUUGUGUUCAGGACGAAGCUACAACAUAUCUGAAUAGGCCGGAAGUACACAAGGCAUUCCAUGCGCGCCUCGUCGGAGGCAUCAGUAGCUGGAAGGCAUGCAGCGACAUGCUUGAAUACGAUCAACUGAAUGUAGAGAUACCUACCACAGGGUUGCUGGGUAAACUUGUAAUUACUGGUAUAAGAGUAUUAAUUUAUAGUGGAGAUCAGGAUUCAGUGAUUCCUCUAACAGGGACAAGGACAUUGAUAACCAGUCUUGCUUCAGAUAUGCAGCUGAACACAACGGUUCCUUACAGUGUCUGGUUUGAAGGGAAGCAGGUGGCAGGAUGGACACAGGUAUACAGCAACAUUCUGACAUUUGCAACAGUGAGAGGAGCAGCUCAUAAAGUUCCCUUCUCUCAGCCAGAGAGAUCCCUCGUCUUGUUGAAGGCCUUCCUCUCUGGGCAAUCUCUGCCCAACAAAUUCUAAGCUAUUGUUUCAUACUGCAAAGAGCAUCACAUCGAAAGAAGUAUGAGACAAAUUUGAUCAAUUUUGGGCACCACUACUGAGUUCAGAUAUGACUUCUCUUUUUUUUAAUUGAAUCAAUGUAAAAGAAAUGAUAUAAAGAAAGAGGCAGUGAAUAAAAUGUCAAGAAAUAGGAAAUAAAAGACUGUCAAAACAGCGUUACGAUAAUAGAAAGCUCAAAGCAUACUUGAAGAUUACAAUCUAAAUUUAAACAAA